AUGGAGGAGGAGAUGCAGCCGGCGGAGGAGGGGCCCAGCGUCCCCAAAAUCUACAAGCAGCGCAGCCCCUACAGCGUGCUCAAGACGUUCCCCAGCAAGAGACCGACGCUGGCCAAGCGCUACGAGAGACCCACCCUGGUGGAGCUGCCGCACGUGCGGGCGCCCCCGCCGCCCCCGCCCAGCAGCAGCAGCAGUAGCGACGGCGCCAGCCUGGAGCUCAGCGCAGAGAGUCGUAUGAUCUUGGAUGCCUUUGCCCAGCAGUGCAGUCGAGUUCUCAGCCUCUUGAAUUGCGGAGGAAAACUUCUGGACUCCAACCAUUCCCAGUCCAUGAUUUCUUGCGUAAAGCAGGAAGGCUCAAGUUACAAUGACAGGCAGGAACAGUGUCACCUUGGGAAAGGGGUCCACAGUCAGACCUUAGACGGUGUAGACGUAGAGACUCAGUACAUACAAAGGAAACAACAGACCUCGGCCUUUUUGAGGGUUUUCACUGACUCGCUACAAAAUUACCUGCUCUCGGGGAGCUUUCCCACUCCAAACACCUCCUCAGUCAGUGAGUAUGGCCACCUGGCCGACGUGGAUCCUCUGUCAACCUCCCCUGUGCAUACACUCGGUGGUUGGACCUCCCCAGCAACAUCUGAAUCCCACGGCCACCCGUCCUCAUCUACACUGCCGGAGGAGGAGGAGGAGGAGGAAGAGGAAGGCUACUGUCCUCGAUGCCAAGAGCUGGAGCAGGAGGUUAUUUCACUACAGCAAGAAAAUGAAGAGCUCAGGAGGAAACUGGAGAGCAUCCCAGUGCCCUGCCAGACGGUUUUAGAUUACUUGAAGACGGUUCUGCAGCACCACAACCAACUCCUGAUACCACAGCCAGCUGACCAGCCGACUGAGGGGAGCAAGCAGCUGUUGAACAACUAUCCUGUCUACAUAACGAGCAAACAGUGGGACGAGGCCGUAAACUCUUCAAAGAAGGAUGGAAGACGGCUCCUUCGAUACCUCAUCAGAUUUGUUUUCACGACCGAUGAGCUUAAGUACUCAUGCGGCCUUGGAAAAAGGAAAAGGUCAGUGCAGUCAGGAGAGACAGGUCCCGAAAGACGCCCUCUGGAUCCAGUUAAAGUAACAUGCCUCCGAGAAUUCAUUAGGAUGCAUUGUACCUCCAACCCUGACUGGUGGAUGCCCUCCGAGGAGCAGAUCAACAAAGUGUUCAGUGACGCCGUGGGCCACGCCCGGCAGGGACGGGCCGUGGGGACUUUCCUUCACAACGGUGGCUCAUUUUAUGAAGGGAUCGAUCACCCAGCUUCGCAGGAUGAAGUCUUCAAUAAAGGUUCCCAGGACGGAUCUGGGGAUUAG